CUUAGUGUUUGUUUUUGUUUUGAUUUUUAGGAUUGUAAAAAUUCUAAUUUUUUAAUUCGUUGAAUUAAAUGAAACUCGGUAUAGUGCUUAAUAAAAAACGUAAAUAUAAUUGGCUCUACAUUAUAACUGUAACCCAAAAGUUAAAUGUUUAUGCCACGGUUAAUAGUUAUCUCUAAUUUGUUACUGCUACGUGGAAGUUGUACAUUGGCAACAGAAAUGGCUCUGAAAGCAACUGAUUUUGAAGUUUUCGGCAUUGUGCAAGGAGUAUUUUUCCGCAAGUGCACAAAGCAGCAGGCAGACAGCCUGGGCCUGCGCGGGUGGUGCCGCAACACUCAUGAAGGCUCCGUGCAGGGCUACGUCGAGGGGCCUGCGGAAAAAGUUGAGUCCAUGAUGGACUGGCUGAGAAACAAAGGAAGUCCUACCAGCAGAAUUGACAAGGCCGAGUUCAAAAAUCUGAAGGAUAUAGAGAAAUACCAAUACGAUGGGUUCUCCAUCAGAAGAUAAUUUGUGAGUGGUCCCCAUGUCUCAAUAAUUAUCUUUUUGUGAGUUUACCCACCCAGUGAUAUACGUCUUUAUGUGUUAUUUAUUCCUAGUAUUAUUAAAUAUUUUCUAAAAGAAGAGAUCAUUCGUUAAAGUGGGUGCCCGACUGUCCGUUUGCAUAAGUCUAUCAAUUUAUUCUCAGCUGUAUUUUAUUGGUAUUGAAGUAAUUAUAUUGCUAUAGCUAGUAUUUGUAUACCUCUUGUAUUAAACCUAGUGACCUCCUCCUUAGAUGAGUUGUAAUGCUCCUUGACCUAUAUUCUAACUAAGAUUACGUUGUAGUUCCAAAUAAAGGUUUGCUCAAAGUA